GUACCUCGGAGUUAUGCCCGCGUACAGCGCUGCGGACGAUGCGCUGACAACCAAGUUGGUGACUUUCUAUGAGCACCUGAAGGAUUCCUCCGUGCCUUCCCACCAGGCGACUGUGCUCCUGUUCGACCCCAGCAAUGGCACUUUGAAAGCUGUCAUGGAUGGCAGUGUCAUCACAGCAAAACGAACAGCUGCAGUUUCUGCCAUUGCUACCAAGUUGUUGAUGCCACCUUUUGCAGAAGUGCUGUGCAUUUUGGGAGCUGGUGUUCAAGCAUACAGCCAUUAUGAUAUCUUCACAGAACUGUUCACAUUUAAAGAGGUGCGGAUCUGGAAUCGCACCAAGGACAGGGCAGUGCAGUUCGCCAGCGCUGCCCGCGGCCCCGUGCGGGUCUGCGCCUCCGCCCAGGAGGCGGUGACAGGGGCCGAUGUCAUCGUGACAGUCACCAUGGCAACGGCUCCCAUCCUCUUCGGGGACUGGGUGAAGCCAGGUGCCCACAUCAAUGCUGUUGGAGCAAGCAGACCAGACUGGAGAGAACUGGAUGAUGAGCUGAUGAAGAAUUCUGUUCUGUUUGUGGAUUCCAGAGAUGCUGCUCUUACAGAAUCAGGAGAUGUUAUUUUAUCAGGGGCGGAGAUUUUUGCUGAGCUGGGGGAGGUUUUGAAGGGUACAAAACCAGCCCUGCCUGAGAAAACAACAGUGUUUAAAUCAUUGGGGAUGGCAGUUGAAGACACAGUAGCUGCAAAAUUUGUUUAUGAUGCCUGGUCAGCUGGUAACUAAAGAGAGAAGACUACAAUGCCAGUGAGGCCAAGAAAAUCAUUUGCACUUAGUUUUCCUGAAUCCUGUGCUAACAAGAAAGGCACCAAUCCUAUCUACAUGCGGCCCUUCUAGAACACUCAAGAAGGAAAAGUAAAAUUUCAGCAAUAGACUAAUUUCUGAAGUCUUCUAAUUUCAAGUAUUGGAUACUUGCAGUAUUGUCAAUAAAUGUCUCUCUUUUGUAACAGCAAGUAUUAGAUGCUUGCAGUGAUACUAACAAGGCUAUCUUUCCAUAUUUUGGUAUAAUUCUGGAAUCAAUGCCUUUCCUCUCUAAUUAUUUAUGUAGCAGAAGCCUGUGUGUAGAUUUCGUGGUUUUUAGAGGGAUUAUUCAUUCUGGUGUAAAAUAGAACAGUUUGUAGAAUGGGCUCUGGCAUCAUAUUUACCUGAGGGUACUUUAGAUGCAGCUGUGGGUUUCAGUGCUCCAGUGACAGUGACUUUGUCUUCAGGCUCCAAGGCACACAGCCUUCCUCUGGCCCCUGGACACACCUUCCCUUCCAGCUCACUGGAAGUCACCAUUUUUUUCAGCCCUUGCAAUCCACCUUCUUUUGCCCUCAGUGGUUUUUCAGUAAGGGCACAGUUCUGAGUGGGGGUUUAUGUAAUCAAAUAAUACCUCCCUCCAGUUGGGUUUCUCCUUAGUACCUCCCUUAGUACCUGCCUCACUGGAUAUUGCCAUUUUCACAUUGCAAGGAGUCACACAGAAUGUGAGGACUAAGAUGUGUUCUGAUUUAACUUUUAUCUCAAUUCUGUAGGGAGAUUUUGCUGUUAAUCUAUGGUGCCUCUGAGUUGUUUUGCUAAGCUUCUUGAAGGCUGGAACCACACAAACUGAUUUCAAGUAUGCAGGCAAAUCUUUUCAGUUAGGCUGUACCAUGCUUCAAUUGCUAAUUGUUCUAUUAUCACAGAUAUUAGCUGGGGCAGGAAUUUUCAUGAUCCUUUCCUGGCAGAGGAGCCCAGUCACAUAAGGAAAAGUUCCAGUUUUGUUCUGUUAUGCAACGGCCUUGCAAAAGAGUGAGCAUCUGCUGAAAAACAGCUAUUGCCCUGGAAACAAAUUCCUGUCUCAGGCUCACAAGUUGUGCCUUGUGAAAUUUUAUUUCCAUUUUCACAUUAUUUCAUGCAGGCUAUUAAGUGUUUCUUCCUGCUGUGGAAGACUAGGAUGGCAUUUUGUAACAUGCCAGUAGAAUAGAGCAGAGCAACAGGAAGGAGGGUCAGGAGCAGCUGGCAUUAAAGCCCUGGAGAAUGCAUAGGUAGGUGUAGAAGAGGUUAAUGAGUACAGUGCAGGUGUGAUGUAAAUAAUACUCCCAGUUGUAUGCCUGGUGUAAGCUAGUUGGAAAAUGUACUAAGUGGCAGAGGUAGCAUAGAAAGGUACCAGACCACUGAUAGGCCUGAAGGAUGUUUGGUGUGGAUCCAAACUGAACUCCACUGAUCCUGUUUAUUCCAUCAGAAAAAAAACAACAGAAAUUUCUCUGGGAGCUUCUGUGUUUUAACUGCAGCGAAAUUACCCUUCUGUUUUUACAUGUCUUGUUUCUUCUCUGUCAUUUCUGAAGUGUUCAGAAGCUUGUGUUGACUUAGUUUCUUGGUUCAUUCAUUCACUAACCUGAGGUAAACAUGAAAGCAGAUGAUGCUCCAUUAUUCAAUGACUCCACAGAAACUUGCAAUUAAUAAUUAUAACAGUAUUAUGCCCUUUCUGGGCCAGUGUUAUACCAGGUUUGAAAUUUGAAGUGAGAUGUAGUGUUUGGGAAGAAGGUAAGUCCAGUUUAUUUUCACAUGUACUCCCCUACAGACUAUGGACUUUAAAAAAUAAAUGGAGCCAGUCCAAAGACCUGGUUCUGAAAACCCACAUUGUUCUCAGCUUCAUUGGCAGUGAGAGAUUUUGGGAGCCUGGCUUCAGUGUUGUACCUCUGAUGUCAUGAAGUUCAGCUACAAUGGGAAUUGCUUGGAUGCCACCUUUAGAUUUUCUGAGGGGAAAUAUUAGCAUCAAUUUCUAUGUUUCCUUCUCUUACAAACUAAUGGAUCAUGAAAUUGUGUAACUUGCAUUUAUAUUAAAAUUAAAUAGAUACUGCUGUUUGUCUUUGACAUUCAUUUUGUUGUCCAUUUCUUUUGUAGUUUGUGGUUGAUUUAUUUGUUGACAAGAAAGAAAGUAUUGAAGUUGUUGCAGUGACUGCUCUCUCAAUAAAUGUGAUCACUGAAUGCAAA